UCACACACUCGAUUAAUGUCAGAAAUAUUUUUAUAUGCCUAUUUUGUUAUCUCUUGGACUGCCAAAUGCCAAUGUGUAAAUUCCUAGUCCACAAAAGUUGGGAUACAUUACCUUAAACUUCCUUUGGGGUGUAGGAGGGUGUGUCAAUUCACAAUCCACAUAUUGGUAUACAUAAUACAUUGGUGUUUGGCUUAAACUUCCUUGGGGGGACGGGGAGUUUGUGCUGACUGCUGAGUGUGGACAGUUUUGAGAGCCUUGCUGAAAAUGAAGACCAACGAACUAACAGAAGGCGAAACGCUGCAGGGAAAGGAUAAUCUGCUAAGUGCAUACAAGAUGGGGAAAAGGGUGGAGCUGAACCUGACUCAUCGAGUCGUUAUGGCGGCAAUGACACGAUGUCGAGCAUUGGACGGCAUCCCUAAUGAAGCAAUAGUUGAUUACUACUCCCAGCGUGCUACUCAGGGUGGCCUUCUCAUUACUGAAGGCACUUUCAUCUCUCCUACUGCUCAUGGGUAUCCUCACUGCCCUGGAAUUUAUCUUGAGGAACAAGUUGAGGCUUGGAAGAAAGUCACAGAUGCUGUUCAUGCCAAAGGAGCAUAUAUUUUCUGUCAGUUGUGGCAUGUAGGCCGCGCCUCGCACAGUGCAUACCAGCCAGGAGGUGCAGCACCCAUAUCUUCCACAAACAAGCCUAUAUCAAGCAGGUGGAAAGUACUGUUACCUGAAGGAUCGCUAUCAGAUUAUUCAAGUCCCCGAGCUUUAGCUGCUUCGGAGAUCCCAAAUAUCAUUGAUGACUAUCGUCAAGCAGCUAUAAAUUCAAUUCGAGCUGGAUUUGAUGGGGUUGAGAUUCACGGAGCCUACGGUUACCUCAUUGAUCAGUUUUUGAAGAACAUGGUCAAUGACAGGACAGAUGAGUAUGGCGGGUCCCUUGAGAACCGAUGCAGAUUCCUGAUGCAGAUCCUUGAUGCUCUGAUUGAAGCCAUUGGAAUAGAUAGAAUCGGGUUGAAAAUAUCUCCGACCUUGUACCACCAAGAUGCCCAUGAUUCUGACCCGCUUGCUUUAGGCUUAGCAGUAGUGGAGAGACUUAACAAGCUGCAGGAAGAUCAACAAGGGCUUAAACUUUCUCACCUGCAAAUUCAAGCAGGAACACUAACACAUGGGAUAGGGGAGGAAGAAGCAAAACUGCUGAGAGAACUCAGGAGAGCAUAUAAAGGAACCUUCAUGAUUAGUGGAGGUUUCAACAAAGAGCUCGGGAUGAAGGCCGUUGCUGAGGAUGAUGCUGAUCUGAUUGCUUAUGCACGGUUGUUCCUCUCAAAUCCUGAUUUGGUUCGUAGGUUUGUGAUGGAUGCACCAUUGAAUGUAUAUGAUGCAGCUACAUUCUAUACACAUGAUCCUGUAGUGGGUUACACUGACUACCCCUUCUUGGAUGAAACUAGUAAGCCCUGAGGCUGAAAGAAAGAUAGCCAUUUUGAAGACAAAAAUGAUUAGUAAGAAGUGUAACAGAUUCACUAUAUAGAUAUUAUGGUCAUUUUACUAGGAAAUUUUUAUAGGGUAGGAUACUUGUGACUUUUUCGGAUUGAAGAUUCACUUAUAAAGGGGCAAGAACCAAGAAUGGACUAAAAUCCUUGUGUAUUGUUGCUGAGUAUAAGUUUCUUGUGUUACUAGUAGGAUUCCAUCA